GGUAGUUUUAUUUUGGCUGCGGUGUAAACGCGUGAUAGUAAUACGAACAGUUAAACAAGUAAGCGUCAUUCGAGAUGGCGUCUGUCGAAUUCACUGAUCUUCCGAUCAUCGACUUUGCUAAGGCCAAGACAGACAGAGACGAGCAGGCAAAGAAAAUAGUGAGCGUUCUAGAAAGCGUUGGAUUUGCAUUCAUUGAUAAUGUACAAGGCAUAGAUUACAAGGGUUUAUGGGAUUGCUGCCAAUGGUUGUUUGCCAAACCAAUCGAUUUCAAAAGGAAGAUCAUGCGAAAGCAUUGGAAUUCAGAAAACUCAAACAUUUACCGAGGGUACUUUCCGGUAGUUCCGGGACAACCGAGUAGACAAGAGGCUUUUGAAUUUGCUCGAGACGUGAAGGAUGAUGAUCCAACUAUUUCAAAAACAAACUGGUUUUAUGAGAAGUCAAUUUGGCCUGAGGAAGAUGGGGCGUUACCAUUUAAAGAAUUUAUGCAGGGGCAGUACGAAAUCAUGCAUGAAACCUGUAUGGAAUUGCUUCGACUCUGCGCAAUUGGACUUGGUAUUCCAGAGGAAUCUUUUACUGAUCUUUUCAAUCCAAACCCUUGUUCGACCUUUAGAAUUAUGCACUACCCACCAUGGGAGGGACAGCCGCCGGAAUAUGCCAAGCUAGAAGAUGAUAAAUUGAUCGCAAUCCCGGAACAUACGGACUCCGACUUCAUGACCCUUCUGACAGCCUUCCAUUACGGUGGUCUGGAAAUCAUGCAGGCGAACGGAAAGUGGGCAGCAGUUAAGACGAGACCGGGUAGUUUGGUGAUGAACAUUGGCGACACCUUCUCACGAAUGCUUGGCGGGCGUUUCAAGGCAACCCGUCAUCGUGUCAUUGAUAUCGGAGAGGACAGGUAUUCGGUUCCGUUUUUUCUGAGUCCCAAAUUUCACGGAGACAUCGGGGUUAAUUUCCUGUCUCAGUACACGCAAGAGGGGCAUUCGCACGUUCCCGAGAGAUUUGGCCCCUGGGUCCUUCACACUAUGAAACACAAGAAGAAAUACUUUGAGUACACAGAUCUUCCUGAGAUCGAGAACUAAGACGCAGAAUCCUUUUUAUUAAGAUGUAUAUGGUAAUAAAUAUGUAUGUUUAACAUACAUCUGCAUAGAUGAGCCUCGGCAUGUAUUGUUUUCCUAGACUCUACUGGUAAAUUCAAGAAUUAAUAGACACUUAUCAAAUAUAAUCUUUAAGUAUGUUACGUGUUAAUAUUAUAUGUUUAUCUCAUUUAUCUUCCAACAGUGUUAUUUACAUUUGCGUUUCAUGUUGGUAAACGCAUUUUUAGUUUAUUCCAUAAUUUACAACAUUACUGUUAUGAAAAUGAUAUCAUUUAUGGGAUUGUAGUACUAAGCGUACAUACCUUUUAUUUAUGUGUUGAUGUAUUUGUUAUGUUAUAUAAUAGACUUGGAAUCGUUUACAUUAGUGUUUGUUUAUUUCUGCAUGUUUAUUUUCGAAUGCAUACAUUUUGAUAAGAAUACGUUUUCAUAUAAAAUGAAAUAUUUU